UUAUGCAUUUAGUAAGUUUUGAGCAGUAAGUACGAAGCAAUAUUUCUACUCAUUGAGAAGUAAAUUCGAAUGUACCCCACCAUUCAGCCCACCAUCUAGAGACAUUCUCAUUCAUUAGCAUGUGACACAAAGAGCUGUGACGUCACGAGCUUUUUGUCGAAGAAGUAGAGGACGUGUAGUUUCAGGCGAGACGUCUCUAAAAAUCGUCAAUAAUUUGUGAAAUACAGUGAAUGUGAUGCCAGCCGUUACUGCAGAAACUCAUGAUCCAAGAAUGCCAGAGUCACCUAGUGAAGGCACAAAUCAUGCAACUCCAAGACAUGCCACAUCACCUGCAACAUCAAACACAGUUGUAGCUGCUGAAUCAAGAUCUGUUAGUUCAACAUUGUCUCAUAUAAAUGGGAGCCACCCAAGUUCUUUAGCAACAAAUACACCACCAACAGUUGGUAAUGGCCUCAACCAACUUCCUCCUGCUUGUGGUGCAAGGCAACUCAGUAAAUUGAAGCGUUUUCUUACUACGCUACAGCAGUUUGGAUCAGAUAUUUCUCCUGAAAUAGGGGAAAGAGUCAGGGGACUUGUGUUGAAUUUAGUUAACUCUGCUGUCUCCAUUGAAGAAUUUCAUCAACAGCUUCAAGAAGCAACAAACUUUCCUUUGCGGCCCUUUGUUAUUCCUUUCUUGAAGGCCAAUUUACCUCUCUUGCAAAGAGAGUUACUUGAAUGUUCACAAAUGUCAAAACAAACUACUCAUCAGUAUCUUCAUAAUCAACAUGGGCAACUUCUUGAAGAACACGAUGUAUUACCAUCUGAACAAAUUGAAAAUAAUGCUUCUGAAUUCAAUGAAAAUAACAAAAGAAAGUCUUGUGAUAAUAAUAGUAUAUCUAAGGAAAAUGGCACUGACUUAGUGUCUGUUAUGGAUUCUAUUGAAAAGCUUGCACCUCCAAAGAGGCAAUGUUUAAGUGCAAGUAGUACUGAAAGUACCACUGAAUCCUUUUCUAAAACUGCUCCUAGGGCUGAGUUUUUUGCUCAAGGAAGUCGCGACAGUGAAGUUGCAUCUCAUGAUCCUUUUGUUGAUCCAAAAAUACCUAAUGAUGUUGAUGACUGGCGUCAUGUUGAAACUAUGCUGCAAUGCAUUCUGGGCAUGGUGGAGAAAACCAAGCGUGCCAUCACAGUUUUGCAACAACGAAAUAUUCAAGAUCGCGAUGAGCUCAUGUCAUGGGCCAGAAAGACUGCAGAAGAGGCUGAACAAGACGUAAAGAGACGCGCAAAUGAUCUUGUCUCCAAGACAAUCAAACAAACGGAAGAACGAGUUUCUGAAGUUAAACGUCGUGCUGAGGAAGCCGUAAAUGAUGUUAAACGUCAGGCUGUUGUUGAACUUCAAAAAGCCGUUAGAGCUGCCGAGGAAAAGGCCAAUGAAGCUGUCGGACAGACACAAAAUAAAGUUGAUAAGGCUGUAAUGGAAGCGAGACGUCAAGCAAUUGAAGAGACAUUGACAAUGAUGAACAGACAGUCAGAAUCCAGUGAGAGUUGUUGGAACUGUGGUCGCAAAGCAAAUGAAACAUGCAGUGGAUGUAAUCUUGCACGUUAUUGUGGAUCAUUUUGUCAACUUAAGGAUUGGGAUAACCAUCACGAUGUUUGUGGUCAACAGCUUAACAAGACUUCAGAUGAUGUGAAAAAAUCAUCAAAUACUUUAGGAAAAGAAUCCAGAUUCACUCCAAGUCCUGCAUUGAAUCGUACUAAAGUUGCAUCAUCUCCUAGCAAUACAAAUGAUCCGAUAACAUCUCUCAGUGAUUACGUGAGGAAAACACCAUCAACGUGAAGAAAUUUUCAUGAUUUUAACAACAAUACUAGCUAAGUCUGUUCUAUAUUGCUUUGAGAAGAACCCGUAUGCACUGGUAAUUUUUUACUCAACUCUUGUUCUGAGGUGGAAAGUAAUUAUUUAGAACAUUAGAUGGGAGGUAAGGAGUUUUUGUAAAAUAAUUGUGUUGAUUUAGCUCAGAUAACUCGAUCCAAGAUCAAACAUGUUUGGUAGAGAUUACCGCUCAACAAACAACGUAUGUUGUGAAUUGUAUAUUGAGGACACACGACCUAUGUCGCAUUCGUCAAUGAGAGGGACGAAGGAAACAAAGUAAAGACCUUUUAAGGAUGUAACUCCUAAUUAUGUCGCAUUUAGCUUUUAAAAUAAUUUUUGUUAAACCGUAAAAAGCAUUAUUACAUGCGUAAUUUUAUUCUUCA